ACAAGGUAGUAAAGAAAUAAAGAUAACAACAAAGAUGGCCGUCCUGUUUAUCAACACUCAACUUCUCUUCGGGAUCCUUCUCUCAUGCGUGUGUUGUGAAGAUUUUGGCUGCAAGUUAACACCAUUUCGGAACGACAUGACACAAAAUGGGUUGCUUUGGAAUUGCAGCCAUCAGAACUUGGAUUAUAUCCCUGCAAUUCCAACUUCUAGAAAUGUCACAGCAGUGGAUAUAUCAUAUAAUAAUCUGAGACGGAUACGGAAGGAAACAUUUACAAACCUGACUUCUGACGUAGAAAUUUUACGGAUGAAUAAUAAUAGAAUAAGAACAAUUGAGGCAAAUGCUUUCGUGGGAUUUGAGCUCAAAGAACUUGACAUUUCGAGCUGCGAGCUUGACCAUGCAUCGGUAUCCAGUGGUGCUUUCAAUAACCUUACUCAUCUCAGUGUAUUGCAUAUCAACAAUAAUUCCUUUAAAUCCUACCCAGGCGAUGAAAUCUCAAAACUGAGAUCGCUAGUUAAUCUGACAAUUGAUAUAUUUCCAGGAUUCAUAUUUGGAGAAAAGUUUCUUUCGCUAAAACAACUGGGUUAUAUAAAAUUUGUACCACAAGGAUUAAUCACCCUAACGAAUUCCUCGUUUCAAGGUCUACGUAAUUCGCCCAUAUUCUACUUGGAUUUAGAUUUGUUUAACCAUGUAGCUGAUUUCUGUGAGGAUCUUAGUGAGGAGCUGUUUUGCUCGUUCCCUUACCUGAAAGGAUUGUCAGUUUCAUUCGGUAUGAGCUGCAACAUAAAAAGAAUUUUACGUACUUUGAAAUGUCUUCAAGGUAAAGACUUGGAGUAUUUUCAUUCUUCAGAUAAUCAUGAUGUGUACAUUGAGAAGGCUGUCAUUAUUAAUGAUUCUGAUGUUGAAUACCUCAGAAAUAUAUGUAUAAAGGAACUUAUUUUGCGAAAUAAUGACAUAGAAGGGAUAAAUUUUAAGCUUCCGCUUGGAAAGUUUCAAAGUUGUCUCCAAGUCCUUGACUUGUCAUCCAACAAUAUACAGUUUUCCUUAAAUUACAGAUUGUGGGGGACACUAAUACUCUUUACGCCGAACAUAAAAGUGAUCAAGAUUUGUUGUCAAAAUGCAGAUGUUUCAAAGUCUAGAAAUUGGGGUUAUUCGACGUACAAUGAUCGAGUUUAUAAACGUCGUGUAAUGCGGAACAGAAGACGGGAUCCUUAUCAUAUUCUUCUUCCUCAGACACUAGAAUACUUAGAUAUUUCAAAUGCAGCUGAUAUCCGAACACAGGAAACAAAUAUAGUUGUUCGUGCAAUAAAUUUAAAGUUUCUGAACAUUUCUUGGACAGAAUUUGAUAUUCGGUAUAGAACCCGCUGGACAUCUGUCAGUCUGGAUUUCCCCUCCCUAAUUGAGAUGGAUGUGUCUUAUUGCACGUUAAAUGCAAAGUUCCUCUCCUUACAGAAAUUAACAUCUCUGAAAGUUUUAAUAGCUAGGAAAAGUGAUUUCAUUGCUGUCUCUAGUUCGGGAUAUUCCCAUUCUUUAAGAGAAAAUAUCUUACAUUUUCUUAAAAAUUUAAACCAAAUUGAUAUUUCAGACAAUGAUAUAUCACAUCUUCCUCGGAACUAUUUUGUUUUCCAGAGAAAUUUAUCCAUCACAAUUUUAAUGGAUAAAAAUUACAUCAAAUCCGAAGUUUUAGCGGCACUUCAAGUUCUGACUAAUAUAAACAGGCUAUAUAUGCGCCAUUUUACCAACGAAUGGGAAAUAUAUUAUUUUAAUUUCGAGCCUCUCCUUUCCCUUCAUGUCUCUCAAAUAUACCUUGAAUCGGAUGAAUACGGGUGUGACUGCUAUGAAAAGGACUCGCUAAAUACCUUAUGGAGAAUGAGGGACACGAUUGCAGAUCUGAAUAAAAUGACUUGCAGAUUCGCGUUUUCUGGAAAACCAAAAACCCUUCAAGAGCUAUUUAGAGAUGAAUCGUGGAGAAGAUUCCGCCUAAAUUGCAUUGUUAACGAUUUUUUACUAGGAUUUUCUAUCAUAUUAUUGUCGACAACUGUCAUUCUACUGAUACCAGCUAUGAUUAUUUUCAGAUGUAACAUCAUUUCACGUUGUAAAGCUAUCAAUUUUAGGGAUAAAUUAAGAAAAAUACGUUUUAGAUUUCAGGUGCUAUGGGAUGAAAGAAUGAGACGGAGGGGAUAUCGUUAUUAUCCCGUACAUACAGGGGAAACCCCAGGAACAGUAAGCACGGACAAUGAACUUAGCUCAAAUACAAUUUCUCAGGAAUCAGUAGGGUUGGAAAAUAAGGAAAGCGAAUAACAGAAUGCUGAAGAAUACAAAGGAACCUGUAGGAGAUCAAAGGAUACAGAAUAUAACAGCAAUGAUAUGCAAAGCAAAGAAAAAUUGAUACUGACUCCAAAUUUUGUUUUAAUUGUUAUUGAACUACUGAACUACUGCAGUGUGUAAGGUUCGACUUUUGAAGAUUGUGCAUGGUGUACCUUGAGUGUUAGACGUGUCCAGAUUCUGGUAACCAACUUUUAUCCUCGAAGAAGAUAUAUCACGUUUCGUCAUUUUGUAAUCAUUGUGCGAUUUACUUAUUUUUUUCGCCAAAGAAGUAGCCCUAAUAUACAUUACGAAAUUCAAUGUAUCUAUGAAAUAAAUGGUUGG